AUGACGGCAUCAAACCCAAUACCGGCACCAUAUUCGCACCCCCAACAAGACUUGGGAGGACAACCACCCUCACGCUUAUACCAUAUCUCCCGGCCCGCUUUCCACCGACACUACGAAAUAAAAUCCCCCGACGAACACCUCCUAUUCUACGGAAACAUCUCCGUCUUCGGCUUCAAAAAGCCCGAGCUGACCCUGCACGCAGGGACCAGCGAUACCGCGCCAACAGUAGCAGCAUGCAAAUUCGUCAAAUUCUCCGGCAGUUUCAAAUUAGCCCUGGGAGACCCCAACGACGUAAACACCGUGCAAUGGGAAGACAUGACCCGGGACUCCGCCCCGGUCCUACACUCGAGAUAUCGAUUCGAGAUGACGGUCUCGGACAAGACGCGGGCGGGAUACAACGAGAGAAGGGCAUUUCUCUGGAAAAGAACGCAUAACGAGGCGGUGGGGGGGAUCUGCGCCUUUGAAGAUGAGUCGGGCCAGGUUGUGGCUGUGUUUAAUAGCGAGAUUUCGUUCUCUAAGUGUGGGGUUCUUGAGGUUAAGGCGGAUUAUGGGGAGGGAUUUGAUAUCAUGGUCGUGAAUUCUUGUCUGGGUCUAUAUGAGAGAGCGAGGCGGCGUAAUAAUGGUGCCGCUGGCGGUGGUGGUGGCGGUGGAGGAGGCUGA